AUGAUCAAACACGGUGCUUCUAAACUUUUCUCUCGUUCUGCUUUUUCUUCCGUUCAACUUGCUCGGAAUGGGUUAUUUGUUCAACGAUUGUUCACAACUGCUAACUGCUUUGCUCGUUCUGAACAUACGACAUCACCAACUUCAGAUCAAGAUGCUUCAAAAUACAUCAAAAUGUUCUCCAUUCAAUCCAUCUCUAAAGAAGGAUCUUUGAUUGAAUCAUCAGCUAAUACAUGCCCAACUGCUAAAAUAAUAAUGGACGAACCAGUGGCUUUGGGUGGUAAAGGGAGUGGCCCAACUCCUUUAGAACUCUCAUUAGCGAGCUUAUCAGGUUGUGAAUUAAUUACAGCCAGAUAUGUCGCAAGAAGCAUGAAAAUGGAAAUUAAAACAAUAGAAUGCACUAAAAUGCAAGGUAAAAUAGAUGUGAGAGGAAUGAGAGGUGUGAAUGGAAUUCCAGCCCACUUCACUCAUGUAGACAUGGUGUAUGAAGUGGAUACGGAAGCUGAAGAUGAUCGAAUCCAAGAAUUGAGGGCACGAGUAGAGAAAGCAUGUCCAGUGUAUCAACUGUUCAAGGCUGCUGGUGUUGUCAUGAAUUGUGAGUGGAAAAAGAAGCAGUAG